AUGAAUUCUCCAACUUCACGAAGCGUUUGGUCUGUACAUGGACCUCAAAAUUCGCGGGGAAACUUCGGAGCUAGUACCAAUCCAAAUACUCGUAAUUCUCGAAGGAGUGAUGGAGGCCGAGGGGGUUCUACUCCUACUGCUAGAAUACAAGAUUCGACGACUCAGAGAUGGACUUCAACAGCAGAUGAUCAGGCCUAUACGUGGGAUUGGAACUUUCCUGCUCAAGGUGACCAAACCGAGACCAAUUCCAAUACAUCUUCAUACCCUCAUCCAGAUUUAUCACUGCCCAAUCCAAAUCUAAAUCUCGAUUUCCGUAUGUCAGUUUCCCUAAAUCCUCGAAUUUCCGUUGGCCAAACACCAUUUGGACAUCGAAAUUGGAUAUCAUUUACAGGUGGUGUGUGGUCUGGAUCAUGGGGGUCAGGAAUCGUAUUACCUGGAGGUCAAGAUAGCCAACUGAUAAUACCGGACGGAUCAGCCCGUCUAGAAACGAAUUAUCUACUCCGAACUCAUGAUGAUCCUCCAGCACAUAUUGCGAUCAAAACGCAUGGUUGGAGAACGGGUCCACCUGAAGUAUUAGCUCAGCUAGCGGACCCUGCGUUAGCUGAUCAAGUUGACCCGAAUAGUUAUAAAUUUAGGUUAUUUAUCGAGAUGGAGACAGGUGAUGAGAGAUAUUGUUCAAAGGUCAAUUGUGGAAUGUGGGUGGGUAGUGGAAUGAGAAAGGGGGCGGAGGUUAUUUAUGAUGCAUAUCGAGUAUCAUAA